AAGUUGUAAUGUGUUACCGUUGUUACAGGAAAUCCUGCUUUAGCCACGGAAGCUACAGCAAUGGCUAUCUGGUCUUUGACCGAAAACGUAGAAUGCUGCAAGCAAUGGGAAAGACUCAAUUGGGAGAAUCAAAAAGGUAGUGCUGCUGUUCUUAAAAAGCUUGAAGAUGAAUGGAAUGAUAUUUCCCUCAAACUAUCAUCAUCACCGAGUCAUACUAUCACUCUCAUUCAAACUAUGAAGAACAUCAGGCUAAAGAAUAAAAAAGCCACCACUGAAGCUGACAAGUCCUGCAAAGUGAUCUUGGGUAGACUCUUCCGUGAAAGUGGCUGCGUCAAAGGUACAGCCAUUAUUACUGCUGUGGUUCUAGCUGCUGCAGUUAUACUAUCUUCCAACCUGUAGGCUACAUCCGUGCUGAAGAAGCUGGUGGACUCAUUGGAUCUGCACCUAUACUUCAAAAAAAAAAAUUUAGUAUAUUUAGGCGAAAGCUUCUCUUAGCUAUGACUUGUGUGGAUUAUAGAGUUACUCUAAAUUAUGUGGUAUUUAUAGAGUCUUCGGGUCCAAUUGUUGGAUUUGUUAUGGAAAAUAUAAUAUUUGGAACAAUUAAUUAUAUAUUUCAAUAUAACAAAAUUUAGACGUA